AUGUUUAUUCUGACGAAAAUCGCCGAUCUGGUGCAGAUCAGGCCGGACAAUUUUGAGAAGCCCAGCCACAUCGCGAUUGAAGAUAGCAUCAAUGCGAAGUACGCAAACCGAGUAAUCCAGAAGAUCGGUCUUUGCAUUUGCAUGUAUGAUCUGCUAUGGGCAUCCGAAGGCCUGAUCGGACAUGGAAGUGGAAUGGUUAAUGUCAAUGUCGAAUUUCGUAUGAUCGUCUUUAGACCCUUUAAGGGCGAGACUAUAUUUGGGAGAAUCAGUGAAGCUACGCAGGACGGAAUCCACAUCCGCACUGAUUUUUUCGAAGAUAUAUUUGUCGAGUAUAAGGAGUUGCCCGAAAACACGCAAUACAACCAUAAUGAAAAGGCUUGGACUUGGAUCUACGACCCGGAUGGCGAUCCGAUGUGGUAUGACAAGAACGAGAUGGUCCGCCUCCAGGUGAUCGAGGAGGAAUGGCACGAUCAGACGCCCGAGAGCGCUGAGGAAGAGGCAGUCGACAAAGCCAAGAAGUUGUCCCCUUACCGCAUCAAAGGGACUAUGAUGAAAGAAGGUCUCGGGGUCUGUCUGUGGUGGGAGUGA